CUGGUACGUGUUUGUCCGCUGUGCGGAAGGCUUUGGAAAAUAGAGGGAAGCAGAUCGUCGGCACUUGUCGGUUGCGCUCUUCCUGCGAAAUCUGUCUGUUGUGUGGUUGUCUGUUUGUGUGUCUGUGUGGAUAGUGGACAGGUACCGUACUGUAACAAAUCAUACUCACAACAACAAUAUAGCGAGCGGAGGACCAUGACGAUACGUCAGAACGAGGAUUUCAUCCAUGAAGACGCCGUUCCUCCGAAUGUGGAGCUGCAAAAACCUGAGGGAUCUGCUUCCGAGUUGGAACUGAUAACAACGGGCAAGGAAGAGCACGACGUAGAAGAACAAGCUGCAGCAGCGGUAGUAGAAGACCCUCCUCCUCGACGACGGAGCAGUCAAUUCUCAUCCGUGAGUGUCCAUGAAGGCGACAGUGACUCUGUUCGUCAAUGGAAGUCAUCGCCCUUUGCCGUUGGUUUGGUGCCACGGACUUGGCAAGAGGAAAUGGACCCCGGCAGAGAAGAUAAGUCUUCCAUUCCUCUCAGAAUAUCGGGGCUCGUGUGUGGCACUUUCCUGAAGAGGGAACGAUUGGGGCACAAUACCAUUCUCUGGAAGACCAACGACGGCGACAAGCCUCGCAUUCGACUCAUGACAGGUCCUUUUUGGUUCGUGACAGCCUUUGUGACCAUCCCCAUCAUUUCGGCCAUCUCCUUUGUCCUUUUCUUUCAAUAUAUCGCGGGCUGUUUUCCCGUUUGGGUUUCCAUCAUUUGGGGCGUCUGUCUGGCAACAUGCCUCUUUUCUCUCGUGAGAGCUGCCACGAUGGACCCGGGCAUUCAAUAUCGAUACCUGGAAUCCCCACAGGAUGGCUGGAUCUGGAACGAUCAAGCCAAGACGUAUCGAUCUCCCACCGCCAAAUACGUGUCGACCUGUGCCGUGGUCGUGGAAGGAUACGAUCAUGUUUGUCCAUGGGUUGGAACUGCCAUUGGAGCCAACAAUAUGCGCUGGUUUCGACGGUUUGUAUGGAUGGUUGGCAUUUGCUUCGUGCUAGAUGCAAUCUUGAUCAUGAUGUAUGCUCACGGAGGAAUCUCCACCGUCACGGUUGGGUGCAGUGGAUUAUGAUUAGAGAAGCAACAAGGCAACACAAUCACGCCAAAAGGAUUGAAAAAAAUUAGCUACGAUCGGUACCGCAACCGAACAACCUCCAUGAUUGAAAACUUCUUUUUCAUAAAAACGAAAGAACACAACAACUUACUUGCACAAGGAUUGGGUGAUGGCAAGGCAAGAUUGACUCACAACAACAAUAACAACAUCAACAGCAAAAAAUAGCACAAGAUACGGGAGCUACUCAUUAGGGGCAGGGAGGUAUGAUUGGAUCAUGUCUUGAACAGCUGUACGCCCUCGAUCGGUUGAUUGAUUAU